AUUAGAUAUUAGGGGAUUUGGCUUCUGCUGUUUCUAUCCACAUAAUCAAACUUUAGAAAAACAGACUUCUUCCACCUAUUUGAAAUGUUGAGAAACAAUUAGAGAGGCAGAAAGGGGCUAAAAUCAGUAAAUUAUGCAGUCUUCAGCUCAAUUUCUUCAGCCUCCAGCAACCCCUCUUCCUCCUAAACAAAUCCAAAGCACAACUAUAAGCAAAUGUAUCAAAUUUUCGCGUAGAGAACUUGCCAUUAGCACCAGUUCAUCUGUGCUUCUACUAUUAGGAUCCCAAGCUAUUGAGCCAUUGAAUCUAUCAAGGGCAAGAGCAGAUGAACUUCCUCCCGGUAACACCGAUAAAACAGAACCAGAGCAAGAGCCUUCAAGAAAAAUGGAAUAUUGUUCAAAUCAGAAUGUAACAAAGAAGGCAUUUCUUGAAGUAUCAGUUGAUGGGGAACCUAUAGGAAGGAUUGUUAUCGGGUUAUAUGGUGAUAGUGCCCCAUUUGGGUCAUCAAGGUUCAGUAAUCUUGUUAGUGGAGCAGCAGGGGUAAGUUAUGGAAGAAAAGAUUUUGUGAGGAUAAUGCCAAAUUAUGUACAACAUGGUGGAUUGAGAUCAUAUGGAGUGGAUGCUGAACUUGCCAAGAAUACUGGAAGAACAAUGGCAAUCGAUAACCUCGUAGAUGAAUGGGAGAAACAGAGUGAAAUGUGCCAGGGUACAAAGAAUGUAGCAACAAGUGUUAGCCUUAUUGUAAGAGACCCUUCAAAACCACCUCCAAAGAUGAAGCUGGUUGCACGAGGAGGGAAGCUCGAAAUCGAUCAAGAAGAAGUAGGAAAAGAUGUGAAUGGAACAGAGUUUACAAUUGCCCUUAAAGACUCACCUGAGUUAGAUACAUCUGCUUUAGUCAUUGGGAGUGUCUUGGAGGGGAUGGAUGUUGUUGAGAAACUUGGCCAAGUCAAAACUGUGAAAGAGAAUACAAGUUCUCCUUAUUUCAGGGCGGCCAAGUUGAUAGGAGAUAAAAGAGCUGUAGUUGCAGAGAGAGGCUUCAACAGACCUUACUCAAAGGUGAAAAUAACAAACUGUGGCUUGAUGGAAUGAUCAAAGAUCCUGUUGAGUGUUGAGAGAUUUUUGUCCUUCCAUUUCUGCUAAGAGGAAGAACUGCUCAAACAAAAGUGUACAAAAUAAAUUCCUCGUGAAAUUUUUACCUCUCUUCAGAAAGCUUACAACAAUGGUAAUAAUGGGGUCUUCCCCUUGUUUA